CGUUCAGCAGGAAAGAUGCUUUGCGACUGUAUAAAAUUCAACUUGAAUCCGGGAACCUGUCGGGAAGCUGUCACUUUGCCGCCUCAGCCACUCUCCUUUAAUUUGGUUGUCACAACAAUAGAAAUGGCGACAUAUACUCCAGGGGAAUAUGUCGAUAUGAUUAUUACAUACGGAAUAGCCGAAGAAAAUUCCAAUGACGCGGCUCGUAUUUACGCGGAGCGAUUUCCUGAUCGUGACCAACAUCCGGACAGUAAGACAAUUUUAAGGUGUGUUAAACGUGCAAAAGAAACAGGAGAUCUAAGAGUCUCAGAGCGGGAAAAUGCUGAUGCCGACGAAGAAAGAAUUCUACGAGAGUUUAAAGAACAUCCCAACAGCAGUGUACGUGGUGUGGCUGAGAAGCUUGGUGUCUCACGAUACAUGGUGCAUCGUAUUAUACGUCAGAACAGAAUACGUCCAUCUGCUGAGUAGCGAGUACAACUUUUGGUGACACAACAACUCGCUUCACUAUGCCAGGAGAAUCUCUUAUUUGCAUUGCUACAUAACUCUGUUCAUAAGUUUAACCCUAUUGCGAGAUGGUUCUGCACAAAAACUAUUGAUAUUUCAUAUGCAUAAACAAUACCAGAUUGAAAAUUUCAAAAGUUAGCAUACUAAUUUUUACUACUAAUUUUUAAUAUUAAGCUAAUCAAAUAUUUGAUAUGCAUUGAUUUGAAAUGUGUUUUAAGCAUAUUAUGACUGCAGACAUUUCAUCUAUCACACUAUAGAUUUGUUACUAUAAAUUUGUUACUAUAAAUACUUAGAAUAAGGAAUUUAAAUCAAUAAGAAAAAUAAAAUUAGAAGUAGAGAUAGAUGUGGAAAAAAAUAUCGCGGUUUUCUCUUUUGUUCAGGCUUUUAAAAUUCAACAAAGAAAUGGGAACAUCUCAUCUACAUAUACAAUCUUCCAGUCAUGCUAUAUUUUGCAACAUCACUCGAUACACCGGAUGUUAAGAAAUUCUAAUAUGAAACUUUAAUAUAAAAAAAUUUAUUUUAUGAGAACUCGACUUUACAGUGAAAUGCUAAGUUUGUUUU